CGUGCCCUAGCACCAGCAGAUCCCAGCGUAGCCUCUCUAGUCUUUCGGCCACUGGGAUUAUAGUACUAGAAAAUCCCUUCCGAUAUCAUGUCUUUUCCCCCACACGAUCUAACGACUCCCUUCAACUUUGCGCAGGAAGAGGAAAAGGUCAUCAAGUUCUGGAGAGAGAUCGAUGCUUUUCAGACGAGUCUGAAGCUCUCCGAGGGUAGGCCUGAGUUUUCUUUCUAUGAUGGACCGCCCUUUGCCACCGGUCUUCCGCAUUAUGGACAUUUGCUCGCUGGCACUAUCAAGGACAUCGUAACUCGCCACGCUCAUGUCUCAGGCCACCAUGUCCCAAGACGCUUCGGCUGGGACACCCACGGUCUCCCUGUCGAACACGAGAUCGACAAAAAACUAAACAUCACGUCUCGGGAAGACGUUAUGAAGAUGGGCCUCGAUAACUACAAUGCCGAGUGCCGCGCCAUCGUCAUGCGUUACGCAGGAGAAUGGCGCAACACCGUCGAGCGGAUGGGACGAUGGAUCGAUUUCGACAACGAUUACAAGACCCUCAAUCUGAGCUUCAUGGAGAGCGUUUGGUGGGCGUUCAAGCAGCUGUUCGAUAAGGGACUGGUGUACCGUGGAUUGAGGGUCAUGCCUUAUUCGACGGGUCUGUUGACGCCCCUAAGUAACUUCGAGGCGGGGUUGGAUUAUCGGGAUGUUAAUGACCCUGCUGUUACUGUGGCGUUCCCACUCGUCGACGAUCUCUCCACAUCGCUCUUGGCAUGGACGACCACACCCUGGACUCUGCCGUCAAAUCUCGGUCUCUGCGUCCACCCCGAUUUCACCUACAUCAAAAUUCACGACCAGGAGCGGGAUCAGAACUUCAUCAUCAACGAAAAGCUCCUACGGACACUAUACAAGGAUCCCAAGAAGGCCAAGUUCAAGAAGCUCGGAACCUUCAAGGGGUCCGACAUGAAGGGUUGGCGAUAUGUUCCUCCGUUCGAGUACUUCACUGAGCGGUACGAGGACAAGGCCUUCCGUAUCCUCAAUGACACCUACGUCACGGACGAGAGCGGAACGGGCAUCGUCCACCAAGCUCCCGCGUUUGGUGAAGACGAUCACCGCAUUGCCCUUGCGCAUGGCGUCCUUCGCGCUGACGAGAUGCCGCCAUGCCCCAUCGAUGACUCUGGCAAGUUCACAAGUGAGGUGCCGGACUUUGUGGGGCAGCAUGUCAAAGUCGCGGACAAGGAGAUUCAGAAGGUGCUAAAGGCAAAGGGACGGUUGAUCGUCCAGUCAACAUUGAACCACUCGUAUCCUUACUGCUGGAGGUCAGGUACUCCGCUACUCUACCGCGCCAUCCCCGUCUGGUUCGUUCGCGUGCAGCCGAUCACCGACCAACUCAUGCAAAACAAUGCCGAGACACACUGGGUCCCACAACACGUCAAAGAGGGACGGUUCGGCAACUGGCUCGCUAAUGCUCGAGACUGGAAUAUUUCGCGGAAUCGCUUCUGGGGGACACCCAUCCCGUUGUGGGUCUCGGACGAUUACAAGGAGAUUGUUCCCGUCGGAUCCGUCGAGGAGCUGGAGAGGCUAUCCGGUGUGAAGGGCAUCACGGACAUUCACCCCGACAAGAUCAACCAUAUCACCAUCCCUUCGCAGCAGGGCAAAGGUGAUUUGAAGAGGAUUGAGGAGGUGUUUGAUUGUUGGUUCGAGUCCGGAAGCAUGCCCUAUGCUCAGCUUCACUAUCCCUUCGAAAACAAGGAACUCUUCGAGAAGACGUUCCCCGCGAACUUCAUUUCCGAGGGUAUUGACCAGACGAGAGGUUGGUUCUACACUCUGUUGGUGUUGUCGUCGCAUCUGUUCGGAAAGGCACCAUGGAAGAACUUGAUCGUGACGGGUUUGGUCUUGGCCGCCGAUGGAAAGAAGAUGAGCAAGAGUCUGCGUAAUUACCCGGACCCGAACUUGAUCAUCAACCAGUAUGGUGCUGAUGCUACCAGAAUGUUCCUCGUCAACUCCCCCAUCGUCCGAGGAGACAACCUCCGCUUCCGCGAAGAAGGCGUCCGCGAAGUCGUCUCCCGCGUUCUCCUACCCUGGCUCAACUCCUUCCGGUUCUUCCUCGGCCAAGUCGCACUGCUCAAAAAAUCCACAGGCCACUCCUUCAAAUACGACGCCCACGCGCCCGUAUCGAACAAUGUCAUGGAUCGCUGGAUCCUUGCGCGGUGUCAGUCGCUCAUCAAACUCGUGAAGGAGGAGAUGGCGGCGUAUAGGCUGUAUACGAUCAUCCCGAGACUGUUGGAUCUGGUGGACGAGUUGACGAAUUGGUAUAUCAGGUUUAACAGGAGGAGGUUGAAGGGAGAGGAUGGGAAGGAGGAUACGGUUCAGGCCCUGAAUACGCUGUUUGAGACGUUGUUCACGCUUUGUAGGACGAUGUCAUCAUACACGCCGUUCUUGACUGAGAACAUUUACCAGACGUUGCGGACGUUCAUCCCCGAGGACCCAAAGGCUGGUGAUACCCGGUCUAUCCACUUCAUCCUCUUCCCAGAAGUGAAGGAGGAGUACUUUGAUCCGGCGAUCGAGCGCCAAGUCAAGCGUAUGCAGAUUAUCAUCGAGCUCACCCGAACCGUGCGCGAGCGCCACAGUAUCUCAUUAAAGACACCUCUCAAAGAACUCCUUGUCUUCCACGCCGACCCGCAAUACCUCGAAGACGUCCGCUCCCUCCAACGCUAUAUCGAAUCCGAACUCAACGUCCGCGACGUCGUCCUUACCUCCGACGAGUCCAAAUCCGGCGUCAAAUACCGCGCCGUAGCCGACUGGUCCGUCCUCGGUCGCAAACUCCGCUCCAACCUCGGCAUAGUCAAAACCGCGCUUCCCGCCCUGACCUCCGAUGAAGUCAAAUCGUACACCGAUACGGGAAGGAUCACCGUCGCCGGCAUCGAGCUCGUCGAGGGCGAUCUGACCGUGCAGCGGUAUAUCGAGGUUCCUGAGGGCGAGGGAGGCCAGUAUGCCACUAAUACGGAUAAUGAUGCGGUUGUGAGGCUGGAUGUGCAGGUCCAUCCGGAGUUGGCGGGCGAGUGGUUGGCGAGGGAGUUGAUUAAUAGGGUGCAGAAGUUGAGGAAGAAGGCGGGGUUGCAGGCUACGGAUGAUGUUGAUGUGUUUUAUAGGUUUGAGGAGGGGGCGGGACAGGAGUUGGUGCAGGCGAUGAAGGACCAUGGAGAGGUUAUUAGGAGGACGGUGAGGAAUGUGCCGGUGGAUGUGAAGGAGAAGAAGGGGGGUAAGGUGUUGAUUGAGGAGGAGCAGGAGGUGGCGGAGGUGAAGUUCGCGCUGUUGUUGGUGAGGGCAUGAGCAUGCACGGUUUAUUUGUGGGUUCAUUCAUGCUGGGCGUUAUGACGGGUAUGAAGAUGAAGUAAAGAGCAGUUGUAAUACAAGACAUUGUUGUUCCAUCUAGAAUACAGAGUUGAUCGCUCUCUUGAAUACAGUACAGAUAGUUACAGCGUGAAAGCAAAAAGCACGAACACGAACAUAGACGCCAGAGAGGACGCAAGGUAUAUCACUUCUUCGUCGACCCGAACCCUCCAAAGCCCAUCAUAUUCAUCAUAUCCACGUCCGCACCACCAGACUCUGCAGCAGUCUGCUGAGCGAGCUCGAGCCUCGCCUUCUCUCGUUGGGCCUUCUUCUGGUUCUUCUUCUCCUCGCGAGCGGCCAAUUCCUUAGCGCGAAUUUCAGCGAGGCGUUGGUCAAAAUCAAAGGCUUUGGCGUUGGACGCGUCUUUUGUCUUCUCGCGAAGGUAGGCAAUUCGUGCACGGACUUGUUCGACGGUCGAACGCUCUAUUCGCGUAGUCUGCCCAAGUGCACGUAGAUGUGCUCGACCAUUGAUGUGGUCCAAGUAGCCAGUACUAUCCUUGUACGUCCGGUUACAUGUUUCGCAGUAGAAACCAGGUUGCCCAGGGCCUCUACCACCAGGGUUCUGCACGACCAUAGUUUUAUUCAGGUUCUUGUCAAGCUCGAGAUCAUGGUCUCGUCGUUUCAUGAGCUCUGUAGGUUUGGGCAGGUCUUGUUUCUUCGCCCGCAGAGGUUUCUUCCCUUGCUUCAUCCGCUCGUCAUUCUCCUUCAUACGGUCGCGCUCCUCCUCGUCUUUCUUCUUCGCUCGUUCAGCAUACUCCUCCUUGUCCCAUUUUCUACGAAAGUCUGUGUCCGCCGCCUUUGCACCAUACGCGCCCUGUUUAUCGGCCAUAGCAGAAGAGAAAGGCAAUAAAGCUGAACUGGAGGUGGUGG